AUGCGGGAGAGGAAGGUGAUGAGUCUUCGUUGUCAGUUACCAAAGGAUGAUCUCGAAGCGCUUGUCACCGUAUCCUCCGACGAGGAUCUAAGCAACCUCAUGGAGGAAUAUGAUCUCGCUACUACUACGACGGCUUUUAAGAUCCGUGUGUUCCUUUCUUCUCCGCUUUCAACGACGUCCUCUUCUUCCUCGGACUCAUCAACCUCUCGCUCUUGCUCUCCUUCGUCUCCGUCUACUGUGAACCCGAAAACAUGUCCGGUCUGUGCCGAGAGAUCGCAUCAACAUCGCAACACAAACAAGGGAUGCUACGUUCGGAGAUGUCCGAGCCAUGAUCAGUUCUAUCUUAUCCGAAACUGA